UUUGCGUUGAUGGGUUUACAGGAGUAGUUGAAGUCUUCACGCUGUGCCCCGGCUGAAAGAAAGGCGGUUGGCUGCGGUUUUAGCUGCUUUUUCUCGCAGGACUUUUUGUUGCGGCGGAAACUGCCCUAAGUUGUUGGACAUUCUUAUCGGAUAGAGAUUCAAAACUGUCAAAAUGCCGGUUUUCCACACGAAGACGAUAGAAAGUAUCCUGGAGCCGGUGGCUCAGCAAAUAUCCCAUCUGGUGAUAAUGCACGAGGAAGGUGAAGUUGACGGGAAGGCUAUCCCAGAUCUGUCCGCGCCGGUGGCUGCGGUGCAGGCGGCCGUUAGCAACCUGGUUCGGGUUGGAAAGGAUACCGUGCAAACAACAGAGGACCAGAUCAUGAAAAGGGAUAUGCCACCAGCCUUUAUCAAAGUGGAGAAUGCCUGCACAAAGCUGGUUCAAGCUGCCUCCAUGCUGAAAGCCGACCCAUACUCUGUUCCUGCUCGGGAUUACCUCAUCGAUGGAUCUCGAGGCAUUCUGUCUGGCACAUCUGACCUGCUCCUCACUUUUGAUGAGGCAGAGGUCCGCAAAAUAAUCCGUGUGUGCAAGGGCAUCUUGGAAUAUCUGAGCGUGGCAGAGGUGGUGGAGUCAAUGGAGGACUUGAUCACAUACACAAAGAAUCUGGGCCCAGGUAUGACAAAGAUGGCAAAGAUGAUCGAUGAACGCCAACAGGAGCUCACACAUCAGGAGCAUCGUGUGAUGCUGGUCAACUCCAUGAAUACGGUCAAAGAGCUGCUGCCCAUCCUCAUCUCAGGUAUAAAAAUCUUUGUGACGACCAAGACAUCUGGGAGCCAGGGUGUGGAGGAAGCCCUGAAGAACCGAAACUUCACUUAUGAGAAGAUGAGCGCUGAGAUAAAUGAGAUCAUCAGAGUGUUGCAGCUCACUUCCUGGGAUGAAGAUGCCUGGGCCAACAAGGACACUGAAGCCAUGAAGAGGGCUCUGGGACUGAUUGAUUCAAAGAUGGCUCAGGCUAAAAGCUGGUUGAGGGAUCCAAACGCUCCACCAGGGGACGCCGGCGAGCAGGCCGUCCGUCAGAUCCUGGACGAAGCCGGGAAAGUCGGUGAGCUCUGUGCUGGGAAGGAGCGCAGGGACAUCCUGGGAACGGCCAAGACUCUGGGUCAAAUGACCGACCAGGUGUCUGAGAUGAGGGCAAGAGGUCAAGGAGCAUCGCCGGCUGCCAUGCAGAAGGCGCAGCAGGUUUCCCAGGGCCUCGACGUUCUGGCCGGCAAGGUUGGCAACGCCGCUCGCAAACUAGAGGCCAUGACCAACUCCAAGCAGGCCAUCGCCAAAAGGAUCGACGCUGCGCAAGGCUGGCUUGCAGACCCUCAUGGCAGCCCAGAGGGAGAGGAGAAUAUUAAGGCCCUCCUCAAUGAGGCCAGAAAGAUUGCAGACAUGUGUGAGGAUCCCAAAGAAAGAGAAGAGAUUUUGCGCUCUGCUGGAGAGCUGGCCGCCAUGACUGCCAAGCUGUCUGAACUCAGAAGACAGGGUAAAGGUGACACUCCUGAGGCCCGAGCUUUGGCCAAGCAGAUAGCAACAGCCUUGCAGAACCUGCAGUCCAAGACCAACAAAGCUGUGGCCAACAGCCGGCCUGCGAAGGCCGCCGUCCACCUGGAGGGGAAGACGGAGCAGGCACAGCGCUGGAUCGACAACCCCACCGUGGACGACAGUGGCGUGGGUGAGUCUGCUGUCCAUCCCCCUAAACUUCUUU